GGGAGGAGGAGGAGGAGGGGAGGAGUGGACGCGGGCGGAGGCGCUGCUAGCCGCCAUCCGCAAUCUGGCUGCCAGCGAGCGGGGCCGGCAGGAGCUCGCAGCGGACCCCGCCACAGUACCCUGCCUGCUGCGGGCGCUAGCGGCAGGAGGAGGGAUAGCGGGAGGAGGGACGGCAGCAGGGGAGGCGGAGGCGCUCCCUCAGCUGCAUGCCGUGCAGCUGUCCGCCGCCGCCGCCCUGGCCAACCUCUCCUCCGACCGCUGCGGGUUGGAGGCCAUGGUGGCGGAGCAGGAGCUGCUGCUGCCGCAGCUGUGGGGGCUGGCGAGGAGCUGCCUGGCACACAUGAUGGCAGCACAAGGGGGAG